GGUAUAAAAGGCAAUGGCACAGAAAAUAGUUCACUCCUCGGGUUCACUCCUGAAGCAAACCUCUUCUUCACACCAUGAAGCUCAAGUCUGUCACAGAAAGCUUCGCCCGAGUGAUCCACGGCUUGACAGCGGGCCACCUGACGGAUCGUGUGGUUCAGAGGAGCAAGAGGAUGAUUCUGGACACCCUGGGCGUCGGGUUCCUGGGCACCGGGACAGAGGUGUUUCACAAAGCCAGCGAAUACAGUAAAAUCUACAGCUCCAACGUAUCCAGCACUGUUUGGGGCCAGCCAGCCUUCAGGCUCCCACCAACGUACGCGGCUUUUGUCAAUGGCGUGGCUAUUCACUCAAUGGAUUUUGAUGACACGUGGCAUCCUGCUACCCACCCUUCUGGAGCUGUCCUUCCCGUCCUCACGGCCUUAUCAGAAGCCCUACCUCCAAGUCCAAAGUUGUCUGGCCUUGACCUACUGCUUGCUUUCAAUGUUGGGAUUGAGGUGCAAGGCCGAUUACUGGAUUUCUCCAAGGAAGCCAGUGACAUACCAAAAAGGUUCCACCCCCCUUCAGUGGUAGGAACUUUGGGCAGUGCUGCUGCCGCAUCCAAGAUUUUAGGGCUCAGCAUGACAGAGUGCCAGGAGGCCUUGGCUAUUGCUGUUUCUCACGCCGGGGCGCCCAUGGCAAAUGCUGCCACUCAGACCAAGCCUCUUCACAUGGCCAAUGCUGCCAGGCAUGGGAUCGAAGCUGUGUUCCUGGCAAUGCUGGGUCUCCAAGGAAACAAGCAGGUCUUGGACAUGCAGACUGGAUUCGGGGCCUUCUAUGCCAACUAUUCCCCCAAAGUCCUUCCAAACCUAGAUUCUUACCCUUGGCUCCUGGACCGGCAGGAUGUGGCUUUCAAGAGCUUCCCUUCACACUUAGCCACCCACUGGGUGGCAGACGCAGCUGCAUCCGUGAGAAAGCACCUUGUAACAGACAGAGCCGUGCUUCCCACUGACCGCAUCGAGAGAAUCGUGCUCAGAAUUCCAGAUGUCCAGUAUGUAAACCGGCCUUUCCCAGACUCGGAGCACGAAGCCCGUCACUCCUUCCAGUACAUGGCCUGUGCCAUGCUGCUUGAUGGCAGCAUCACUGUCCCAUCAUUCCACAGAUGCCAGAUCCACAGGCCACAGGUGAGAGAGUUGCUUCGUAAGGUGGAGCUGGAGCACCCUCACGACAACCUGCCAAACUUCAACACAUUAUACUGUGAGAUAAGUGUUACCCUCAAGGAUGGAGCCACCUUCACGGAGCGCUGUGAUACCUUCUAUGGUCACUGGCGGAAGCCACUGAGCCAGAAGGACCUACAGGCCAAGUUCAGAGCCAAUGCCGCCAGGGCACUGUCCUGUGAUACAGUAGAAAGACUUAUAGAGGUAGUGGACAACCUGGAAGAUCUCGAGGACUGUUCUGUGUUAACCACACUUCUGAAAGAACCCUCCCCAUCAGAGAUGGCUUCCCAGCCUAUCGAGCACUUAACACUUUCAUAACACAGUCUCCCUGAGGUUUACCAUUAUCUAAGUGACUUUAUAUUGGGGGAAAUUCAAUGAUCUGUUCGCGGUCAGCCAAGAAGAGAACGCAGCGUGAUGGAGAGAGUGCAGACAUGCAGCUGGAGGUACAUGGAGAAAGACGCUUGCCCUGUAAAAGUGCAAGACUGUUCCAAGUGCCUAGAGCAAGGUAACAUAUGCAAGAAACACAGAGCAAGUGAUUUUAGUUGACCAUUCAUAAAGCUGAAUUUCAAAUCACCUGUGAUUUUCUAAUAUAGUUAAUCAUUUUGGAGGACUUUUAUGAACUUCAGGAACCUCAAGCCGCGGAGGAAGUUGAACCUGUACGUGUAUUUGCUGACAGUGGAGAAGGGGCCCCAGGUCUGCUGUGCCCCCAACGGCUCUCUCAGAUCAUGGCUUAUCAGAAGCCCUGCACAGUGGAGGGACUGCUGCUGGGCUCAGAGAUUAGGGCUUAGGAGGUUCAAAUCCUGCCUCUGCUAUGUCCUAGAUGCCAUCUGGGGCAUGCUUCCAAGUACCUUCUGCCUUAGUCCCUCUAUUUGUGAAGCAGACAGACGUAAAGAGCAGUCUGAAAAACAGAGCAGUUUGGCUCCGGGAGACAGGCUCCUAAUGACAACACGUCACCUUUCAUUAGAGAAAACAUGUUUGAGGAACGAUAAUGAACAAAGAGUCUGAGAUAUAAUAAAGACUGGCAA